AAAGAAGCAAUCGUGGAACAAUAAAUCUUAGUGCUAGAACUCAGCAAGGCCAUUUUAUUUUGACAAAGCGAGCUCCUCUCUCAAAGGCUGAUACUAUGCAUACCAGAUAUUUCUCAGGUGGAAGCCAUAGUCCAGCCCUCACAAUUGUGUCUGAGGCUGAGGCGACAAAGCCUUGGGACGUCCUUCUGCAACAAACAAACCACCAGCAUUGGUGCAAGGCCAAGCUCCAAGCCCAUUAUCUCACCCAUGCCAAAAUACUUUUGUAUAAAGUCGCCUUCUCUAUCGUCCCAUGAUACGGCAUGGGACCAACUCUUCAUAUGUAGCGAAAAGGCGACUAAAACAACCCAAAAGGCACGAAUCGAGCGUUCCGAGUCGCUUAUACAUACUGAAAACCGGGAAUCUUACCCAAGCACCACGGCACAGCUGUCUCUCGAUCACACAUAAACAAGGUCUCACAAGCUAUACAGGCCGCAGACGGUCACUGCUGCAAAAAGCUUCGGUGUGAGACACACGACUCAGCGCGCCAUCGAAGCAGAGCUGCUGGCAGUAGUGAAAUGGCGACGCAGGUCUCACAAGGCCCAUUGGCAAUGAUGGCCAUCGCAACUAAUGAACCUGUUGUUUGUCAUACAUCACCUAUGCCCAAGGGAUACAGUUUCGUCCGUAAGGGUAACACUUAUGUGACCCGCAACUGUCGACGUCAGACACAGGAGUCAGAUCAGAUUGUUUAUGCUGUUGUCAACCCAAAGAAGCAGAAGGUUGGGAUUCGGGUUCCAACCCCAAUAUAUGAAGCUGUCUUGGAAUCAGAACAUGCUACACGGCUGGACCGAGAAGCUAAGGUCAAGAAACGCGACGAGAGCAUUGAAGAGCACUUCCGAGAAACUAUCUUAAAGAAUUUCCCUCACAUACCUCAUGAAGCGCUCUGCGCCAUUUUGCGCCACGCAACAGCGAAAGGAUCAGGCCGCGUAGGACGUGCCGGGAAGCUAGAAGAUGCGGUAAAAGCUAUCCUCGCGGUCCAAGCUCACAUACGCCAUAAUAAAACGGACUAUGAAGCCUUGCUGAAAAGUGGCACUAGCCGUGAAAGCGCGAGAGCUAAGACAUCUCAGAAAAUAUCCGAAGUCGCAAAAACAUGGGGUCUUGUGCGCCCGAAAAGACAGUCCCCGAAGAAGUCUUCGUCCAAGCCUCGGACAAGAGCCACGGCGACUGCCGGCAGGGUUCAGAAACGACGUCAAAAGAUUCAGCGUCGUGUGAGACGAUCCUAGAUAGCGCUGCAAUGAUCACCAGCUAUGUUUGAGGAGUAAUGGCGCUACCAUUCAUUCGAUCACAUGUUACAGCAUGUCUGCAUAGGCUUGGAGCUGGAAUCCACGCGCGCCAUUCGCAGCCACUAGAUGACAUUAUGUCGUUAUCAGUACAUUCUUUGGUGCCAGUGCUACGAUAAAUUGUAAGAAAAGUCGAUAUUGAUUAAUCCGCAGCCGAUGAUCUGGGUGUCGGACCAACUGCAUGUUGAAUACCUAGAUUUACGCACCUCUAUCGCAAGAUAAUGCAUUAAAAUGGAGACAGAGAAACGGAGGGAGUAUCAUCGGUUGUUAGAAAAUAGAUUUUCCAUAGGGGAGACAGUCGAGAUAUUCAUGUCACCGUUUCUGACAAAUGGUUUAUGUGAGACUGUAUUCUACUUGGGCACCGUUAGAACAUUUAGUCUUAAUUAUCAAGAUAACUUUCAUCGUCCCUA